AUGACCGAGUGCUUCAAGAGCAUCGUUGAAGAGGAGAUCAAGACGUGCCUCGUUCGAAUGAUGGAGAUGGAGAUGGACCAGCCAUCUAUGCAUAUUUUUGUUGUUCAUGGUUCCGAUGAACUGCGCCUCGUCAGCUCAUUCAAUGACGAGAGCUAUCGGACAAGUCAUCGUCUAGCGACGCUCUCCAACACCAGGAUGCGGUCUAAGCUUCAGGAGAAACGAACGAGGGAGACGGACACAAACCUUACCUUCCAUACCGUCACCGAGACGUUGAAGGAGCUGCUGAAUCAGAAGCAAUGGGUUGGGGAUAUAUAUGAGGACUUGCCGAAACUAUACGGAAGAAACACAUUUCGAACGUUCCUUUCGAUAUCAGGGUCAUCGUAA